ACUUCUUCCAUCAUUUUUCGCCUCACACAGUCCUUCACACAUUUUUCCUCUUUUACAUUAUUCUCUCUCCUAGGGUUAGGGUUUUAUCAAUCUUUUCAGUUUUUUUCUCUCAACAAUGGCUGAAGGAGAUGUUGCUGUUCCUGCUACUGUAGAUCUCACUAAUGGAUCUUCUGAUACUACUAUUACUGAGAAUGUUGUUAAGAGUGCUUCUUCUGUGAGUGUUAUUUCUGUGAAACCACAACUUGUGAUUCAAGGUUCGAAAGCUGCUGAGGCGAUUCAGUUCUUUAAGACUGCUUUUGGUGCCGAGGAGUUGAAACGUGAUCUUCAUCCUAAACGUAAAGCUGAUCAAGAGCUCCCUUCUGUUGUUAGUGCUGAACUUAAACUCGGAUCUCUCGUUCUCGUGGUUUCUGACCUUCCUGAUGGAACAACCACUUUGGCUAACGGAACUGGGUACACUUUCUGUUUGGAGACUGAGGAUGUUAACGGUCUGGUCAAGGGCGCCGUUAGUGCUGGAGCAGUUUUAGAUGGAGAGCUCACUGAAGGUGCAGAGGAAGGUUGUUGUGGUGGUCCUGCUGGAAAGCUCACUGAUCCAUAUGGAAAUGUUUGGUUGAUCUGCUCCGCUAAGAAGGGUCAGGUCACUGGCGUGGCUGCUUAAGAGUCGUUCGAUGGUCAUCUGUUGCCGUUCUGCUACUACUUUUGUUAAUGAAAAAUCUCUCUAUCUAGGUUUUACUUUCCAACUUUCUCUCUGUUUUUGCUUUUGGUUCUCGUAGUAGAUGAAUAUGGAUGAUCAAGAUUCACUGGGGUUAAAGUAGUAAGUUUGUUUAAUGGUUAGGAUUUUGCUUUUGGUGGAUGUAAAUUCUGGGAAUAUCAUGGUUAAAUCAUAGACGUACAUCUGGCGACUAUAGUUCGCAAAACUAAUGAUGGAAAUGUUUAAAUUCUCGUUUUAUUAUAAUCGAAGUUAUCUUUAGUAAUCUUA